UAUGUGGAUGUGACACUCGCGGGGCAGAUUGAGAGGAAGUGUCUCGCACAAGCUUCUUGUGUGUGUUUAAGCGUGAAUUUGCGUACAAGGCAAGGCCGCGCGGAUCACUAACAGAUACAGGGUUAUUUUUGAAAAGCCACCCCCUUCAUUGGGGUAUUUAAGCCAACGUUGCUCACCCUCGGUCGUUACAAUUUGUUAGUCGAGCAAAGCAGGAACAUCCCUUCGAAAACUACUCUAUCCAAAUAAUAUGAACCAUUUGGUGGCGUCAGCGUUGUUGGUGGUGGCCCUGUGCGUCGUCGAGGGCAGGUCGGAGGGCGUCGGUGUAUUCGGGGCUGAAUCCGGAGGCGCGGAACAAGAGGCGGCGACCGGCAACAGCCAGCAGAACUUCAUCAACCACUUUUCGCGGGUGUCGUCGGUGUCGUGCAAACACCACUACCGCGAACUGGCCAACUACCUGCUCGACCUGGCCAAGGAGGCGCUCGCCAGGUCGGCCAAGCCCAUGUGCGAACGCAAACGCAACUCGGAGCUCAUCAACUCCCUUCUCGGCCUGCCCAAGGUGAUGAACGACGCCGGAAGAAAGUGAAGAAAGAAAUUGAAUAAUAUAUGUGAAUAAAAAUAAUAAACAAAAAUACCAAAAUCACAUAA